CUGCACUUAUUUUUUAAGUGCGGAAAAAUAGCAGGAUAUAUGUUGCACAUAGCUUGACAAUGUAGCUUAUUACAACUGUUUCAAAUGCGUGUAUGAUUGUUUUUUUUUUUUGCGACGUACAGUCGUCGCUGGAUGAUGACGACGAAAUCAUGAUCUAGCGCAUGCGCAGUUGUGCACGGGAGCGGCUGUGCACUGUGACAAUGGCGAAUAAAGAAGUAAAAUCGGCUCUAAAAAGUGCCAGAGACGCGAUCAAAAACAAGGAGUUUAAAGAAGCUCUGAAACACUGCAAGGCCGUUCUGAAGCUUGAGAAGAAUAACUACAAUGCCUGGGUGUUUAUUGGAGUUGCAGCAAGUGAGCUGGAGCAGCCCGAGCAGGCGCAGACAGCCUACAGGAAAGCUGCAGAGCUCGAACCUGAGCAGCUGCUUGCAUGGCAGGGCCUUGCAAAUCUCUAUGAAAAAAGUGAUCAAGCAGACUUCAAAGCCGAGUUGCCCAAAAUCUAUCAAAAACUCAUAACGUUGUAUGAAACUUCGGAUAAAGUCAAAUGCUUUGAAGUGAGCAAGAAGUUAGUGGACAUAUAUCAGACCGAAAAGAACUACUUACAGGUGGCGAGGGUGUGGCGGCGCCUCAUUCAGGUGAGAGAGGCAGAGGAUGGGAUUGAGAACUUCGAGCUGGUUGAACUCUGGAGAGAAAUGAUCAGGCUGCUCCUGGGCUCAGUGGAACAACAGGACAACGAGACGCAGCAACAUCUCCUGUCUGCUUUUGAAAAAGCUCUUCAGCUCACAGAAAACGUGCCGAGUGAUGACCAUAAACAGCUCAUCCAUGAUUACGUUAACUGCCUGUCAAAACUCCCUCAUGAAGUGGUGAAGAUGAAGGAGAUGUGUGACACCAUGCUGUCCCUCUACCCAAAAGAUUCCUAUCCUCUGGAAGUUCUUGGAGAGCAUUAUUUAAUUUUAGAUGACUGCAGUGAAGAAGCUGUCAGUUGUUACACUCGUCUGUUGGAGUUGGACCCGGUCAGUUCACUGGCCCACUUUGGUCUGGGUAAAAAAGCUCUUCUGGACAAGAAAUAUGAGGACGCUAUCAAGAGUUUUGGUCAUGGGCUGAAGCGGAUGCGCUCCAGCGUCAUUGGCUGGUACUAUCUCGCUCUGGCUGAGCUCAAAAUGCACAAAUACUCUGAUAGUGCUCUGUCCGCCAGGCAAGGGUUGCAGGCAUGUGCAGGGUUUUCUGAAGACUGGACCCAGAAGCUGAUGAGAGUAAAGCUGGAGGUGCUGGUGAGAGCCGGAUCAGAGCAGAGUGCAGAUGAAGCUCUGGAGAUGCUUUCUCAGAUGCCAGAUGCGAACAACGAUCCUGCUCUGUUAGUGUUAAAAGGGAGAGCCUAUUUACAAAAGGGGAAGCUUGAAGAAGCCUUACAGGUGUCUUCUGAGUUGCUGAGCUCACAUCCUGGCUCUGUGGAAGGUUUAACCAUAAAGGGAAUGACACAUAGAGCUAAAAACGAACACCAGCAGGCAGAGCAAUGUUUUACUGAAGCUGUGUCUCAGAGGCCAGACAGUGGGGAGUUGUACUUCCUGCUGGGGCAGCUUUAUUGGAACAUGGGGGAAGAUGCACGGAGGGACAAGAGCAAAGUUCACACUCAUCUGCUGAAGGCUGCGAAGCUGGAUCCCCAUCUUGGCUCCGUGUUCUGCUACCUGGGUCAUUAUUACAGGGAAGUAGCCAAAGACCAGGGCCGAGCGAGAGGCUGCUACAAGAAAGCGUUCGAGUUGGACUCCACUGAUGCAGAGGCUGGAGCUGCCACUGUGGACCUCAGCAUGGAGCAGGGAGACAUGGACUCUGCUCUCGCCGUUCUUCAGGCAGUGACAGACAGAGCAACUCCAGGUUCAGCGAAAUGGGCUUGGAUGAGAAGAGGCCUGUAUCAUCUUAAAGUGGGCCAGCAUGCACAGGCUAUUGCAGAUCUGCAGGCAGCGUUGAGGGCUGAUCCUCAGGACUGGGUGUGUUGGGAGUGUUUAGGCGAGGCCUACCUGAACCGCCACAGCUUUACAGCUGCCCUCAAAGCUUUUGGCAAGGCUCACAUGCUGCAGCCGAGCUCCAUUUACAGCCUCUACCAGAUGGCCUCCAUCAAACAGAUCCUGGGCAGGUACAAAGAGGCGGCAGUGGAGUACCAGCAGAUAAUAGAAACUGAAGAGUAUGUGCCAGCUCUGAAAGGACUUGGAGAAUGUCUUUUGGCCAUGGCUAAAACAGCAAUGGAGGACUACCUGGAUGGGAGAGCAGUCGACUUUAUACAGGAAGCCAUUAAGUAUUUGUUCAGGGCAGUGCAGAAGCGUGCAGAUCUCUCGUGUCUGUGGAAGUUGCUGGGAGACGCCUGUACCAAAUCCAGUUCUGUUUCUCCGAACCGAGUGUGUGUGCUGGUGCCUGGUGCACUGUGUGGGACAGAGCCUUCAGAUAAGGAUCACACACUGGAGCAGAAACAGCUGCUCAGUCUUGGGGAGAGGUGUUAUGGCCGUGCUCUGAAACUGAUGGCAGAAGCCCCGAGCCUGUGGUGUGACCUGGGCCUCAACUAUUACCACCAGUCGAAGUUGUUCCUGUCCACAUCUACAGAACAGAAUGUCCAGCCACUGCUAGAGAAAGCCUUGCAGUGUGUUAAAAAGGCAGUCAUGCUGGACAGUGGGAAUCACAUGUACUGGAGUGCACUGGGGGUCGUGGCUAUGACGAAAGGAAUUGAAAACUUUGCACUUGCACAGCACAGUUUCAUUAAAUCAAUCAGAGCAGAGCCAAAUAAUGUUGCAGCAUGGACAAACCUUGGAACUUUGUACCUAAAGAAGGGCAACAUUGAGCUUGCACAUGAGGCCUUUAAGAUUGCUCAAUCUCUGGAGCCGCUGUAUGUGAACUGUUGGAUUGGACAGGCGCUCAUUGCUGAGACAGUGGGAAGCUAUGACACCAUGGAUCUCUUCAGACACACAACUGAGCUCAGCACUCAUACUGAAGGAGUGAAGGGUUAUGCCUACUGGGUCUGUUCCACUCUACUGGAUAAGAGUAACCGAGACUCCGAGCUAUACCGCUACAACAUUGUCCAGAUGAACGCUGUCUCAGCUGCCCAAGUGGCCUUAACUAAAUAUACAGAGAGGAUUCAGACAGAUGCUGAAGCUUUUGUGAUGCUGGGCUUCCUGAAUGAACACAUGCAACUGAAAAAGCAGGCAACUGGAGCCUAUAAGAGAGCUGUGGAGUUGCUCCAGAGCAGCCCACAAACAGAAGAACUCCACUUUGCUCUCAGAGGCUAUGCUCGGGCCCUCUGUGACACUGAUCAGUGGGAGGAGGCUGUCCGUCAUUAUUCCUUGACAUCACUAGAGGAGCUGCAUGAUCUCACAGGCAUGGCUCUAGCGUGCUUUAGAGCAGGACAUCUGCAGGAGAGUGUUAAUGCCUAUGAGAGAGCUCUUGCAGUGGCCUCCAGUGAGAAGGAGAAAGCCUAUAUAUUAACAGCUCUGGCUUUACUACAACACAGACUGGGGAACAUGGACACUGCCAAAACUUUUCUCUUUAAGUGCUCCUUGCUAAAGGAGCCAAUUCCAGAGAGUUUGCUGUGUCUGUGUGCUUUGGGUCUAGUCCACGGAGAUGCCACCCUGGCCACCGCUGCCCUCUCGGAGCUGUUGAAGCUGGAUGAAGCAUUGAGAGGUGCUGUGGAGGAACACUGCCUGCUUACCUGCACUCUGCUGGCUCUGCAGGGCAACUACAGUGCUGUGCAGAGGGAGGCUUCCAGAGCAGUGUUCAGAAACCCAGGAAACCCGUCCCUCUGGGCACUGCUGUCCAGACUGGUGCCACAGUACUGUCCCAGCAAAGCUGAUGGUGGAGCUGUGGCAGGUAGCGUGGCAUGUCAUGCUAGCAUGACUCUAGGAAAGAGGGCACUGCUGUACAGUGGAGUAAAUCAGUUGGCCUCAGGCAGACACUCUGGGGAAGACAGGAGGAAGAAUGCUCUAAAGACCGUACAGAGAGCCGUGCUGCUCUGUCCAGAUGAUCCGGCGGGGUGGGCGGGGCUUAUGGCUGCAUGUCACGCAGAGAAUGUAGCAUGUGCCCUGUCAGGCUCCUCCCCGUGCAGAGAGGGUCUAGAGAGAGUGUUUAUGACACUGGUGUCAGAGAAAGUGAAAAGCCUGCAGAGAGAGGAUGGGAUUUUGGCUCGGGCUUUGGAUGGCUGGGUUUUGCAGCAGACUCUGACAGGACUCAAACAGAGCGGCCAGCAUGAUGAAGCCGAAGCUCUGUGUUCACAGGUGUUGAGUGUGUCUCCUAAGGAUCCUGCAGUGUUCCUGUUGCUCAGGCAGGUUCAGUGCGAGUGUCUCCUCCUGUCUGAUGCCAGAGACUGCAUCCCCCCCACAGUGCUGGACCAGCUGAGUGCUGCUGUCAUGGCCAACCCAACCUCAGUAUCUGCCUGGCACUGGCUGGCGGAGGUGUACCGCUCUCAGGGUUUGCUGGCACAGGCCUCGGUGGCUCUGAAACAGAGUCUGCAGCUCGCCUCUCAGCUCGGACACUACAGCGGGAAGCUCAGCAGCCUUCUGCGACUCGCCCUGCUCUCUCUCACACCCUGCAUGGCUGGAGUUGGAGGAGUAGAAUGGAGCAGUCUUGUUCGUGAAGCCUGUACCGAGGUGCUGAAGCUGGGUCCGUGUCCUGUGGCUUCACUUUUCCAGGCUCUGCUCCAGUUCUCCAUCAAGAUGGGAGCCAGGGAGACACGGCGUCUGUUGGAGAAGAUUGUUUAUGGAUCGGGUUCAAGAGACGUGAAAACGGUAGCAGCAGUGGCUCGCUGGUACCUCCUGCGCCACCUGCAUGCCAAAGACGACCUGCUGCUGAUAGAUACUCUGAUGAUGGAGGCUGAAGCAGCAGGAGACCUCAGGCUGCUCGAGUUCCAUAAACGGCUUUACCCCUGAGCCUCGCUGCCUCCCCAAUCUCAUCAACUCCGGACCAUCAGCACCCUGCCAUGCAAGAGCCAAUACAGCAGCUACGCUCUCAAUCCUGCCUCCUUCUCUUUAAAACAUCGUAAAACCUUUAUACGAGCAGGCUUAUGAAUGCAGAUAUUAGCUACGCUAAAACCUUUCUCAUCCUAAUAAAGCACUAUUCACAAACUGAUCACACGAAAUUCACAAUUAUGAGAGUCCUUGGUUCCGGCUUGUUUUGUGCCAAAAACUAUGAUGAUUAGAGCUGCCGCCAAUCGGUAAUGCCUCGUAGGUAGUCCUAAAGUACUUCUAAAUGGGCUGUUUCACAAUCAUGGUUUUCUUUUUGAAUAACGCCAACUAACUCCUGCAACUAGGUCCAGUUUAUAUACGCUGGAGUUUCUUCUGUCUUGUUUUACAGGGACACACCAGCCCUACCUACAACAGUAAUGUCUCUUUUAUAAGUUCUUAUAAAUGUUUGUAAGAAUCAAAUGUGGCUCAGUUUUGCCCUUGUGGCCAUUUCAUUUAAUUCUACUUCAAUUAUUACACUUAGUUUUUGCUGGUUAAAUUCAGAAUUGCAUUUUUUAGCACCAAGUUUUACGUAUACUGUACUUUCAUUCACAAUAGAAAGAUAUUUAAAGGAGAACUGAAGUCAUUUUUAAACUUGCUUUAUUUCGUAAUUAGCGUGUUAUUCAAUUACAUUUUCGGUUUUAGUAACCUUAUAUCGUGACUCGUAUUGGCAACUAAUUGCAAUUAAAUAUUAUACUUAUCGGCCUGUUCGGUUUUUAGCCGUGUUGAAUUUAGUUCGUUUGGUCCACGGCAGGCGUCGCUUAUCCGCGCGAUCUUCACGAGACUUGUGCGAGACUUCGAAACGUGAAGUGUCAGCCAGGUGUCAGUGCCGCCAUUUUGAAAACUGUUUUCCAAACGAAAUAUUGCAUAAAAAUGAGUUUAAAUGACAAUUACUGCCUACUUUUUUCAAACUUUCCUGAUUGCUAUCAAAACAAACAAAACUUCCGGCUUGAUCACGUCAGCAUUCGAAAGAGGGCGUGCACGUCUUUUGACAACGUUGGCAGAUGUUGGCCACUUUGAUUUCCACUGUACGUUUUAUACUUCCGUCCUACGACGUCUCGCACAGGUCUCAACGAAUCUCGUUUACGGCCGUUGCUUUGACAUAUGGACUGAUAUAUUACAGAGCAUAUUUCAAACACUCAUAACUUGCUAUAGUAGUGACAAAAUGGCGAUCAAAAAUGCAUUCCGAUAUUUAAUAAAAUGAGAAAUAGAAUUUUGAGAAUAAAAAAUUUGCCUUCAGGUCUCCUUUAAGUGGAAGUUACAUUUUUUUGGAAACCAAGUUCCUCCGAGAGGAUCCUUUGUCCAUCAGAAAAUAUGAGGUUGUAAAUGAGGGUUUUUUUUGGUUGUUGUUUUUUUAAAGAAAAUAUUUGUCUCUUUUGAAGCAAAAGUCACUGUUGUUGCACAGUUUAAAAAAAAAAAAAACCAGGACGUGAAACAGAUGCGAGACACUUUUGCAGCAGAGCUUCACAUGUGGUUGAAACGGGAGUCCGUCCAAAAGUGUCCUCUCUGGAAAACCACAGGGAUCGUCACCACUUCAGAUGUUAUUACAGUCACCGCCGUGUACAAACAUCGCUGCACGGCCCUUGGACAUUUGUACUUAAAAUCGCAUCAAUUUCAACAGUUUUUCACUUUGUAUCCCUUACUCUUGUGGGCGAUAAGAAAGUGGGUCAGUUUUAGAAAUACACGAUAUGCCACUGUCUUCUCACUACAAGUAACACGCCCAGUAUACGACCUGUAGCUCUGAAAUUCUGCGCAGCUAAUUUCCAUUUCAAAAGGGGAUUUUUGGCAGCACAGAAACAAAAAUCUGAAGUUUGAUUUUUUUUUUUGGACCCGAAAAGUAUAUACCCUGAUUGUGAAACGGCCCAAAUCCAAACACAGCACAGUAGAGGAGGCAAAAUGCUGCUUCUGAUAUUGCAUAUAAAAUCAGUACACUAAGAGUUUUUGAUUUUUAUUAAAGCAGAGGCUUUGGCAAGGCUUGUUUUUUUUUUCCCGGUAAGCUUUAUGCUGCCAGUGAAAUAAGAGCACAGUGGGCAAAUGCUGCAUGAAAUAUGAGUGCACUUUCUCCCUCACAGCACCAGAUUCAUAACAUUGAUCCAGAGAACCACAGCCAAGAACCGGUCAGCCCGCAAUACCAACCCAUUAUCUGUCUGUCCUUUUACAGAUCCUUCAUGGAUCUUCUGCAGAGAUGAAAAUGGAUCUAAUACCAAGUUUCUGAAAGCUUCUCAAGAACUUUGAUCAUAUACCAAAAGAGACACAAAAUAGUUCAUUAUGAUGAAUUUGCUUGAUUUCUUUCAGAUUGCAAUGGACUGAAUGCUUUUUAUUUUCUGUCCAAUAAAGCAAUUAAGCAAAAGAGGAAAAAACUGAGUUUAACAUUUUUCUUGUUUGUGAUUGUGGUGUUGGAGGUAUCUGAUCAGAUAGAAACAUUUGAUUUACUUUACCAUUCCACACUUCACUCACAGUUCCCCGACCUAAACAUCAUUGAAAAUCUGUGGAUCGAUCUCAAAAGAGCAGUGCAUGCAAGACCGCCCAAGAAACUUGUAGAACUGGAAGCCUUUUGCAAGGACGAAUGUGUGAAAAUCCCCCAGGUAAGAACUGAAAGAUUAUUAGCUGGCUACAAAAAGUGUUUCCAAGCUGUGAUGCUUGCCAAAGGGGGUGUUACUAGGUACUAACCAUGCAGGGUACCCAAACUUUUGCUUCGGGCCUUUUUCCUUUUUUGUCAUUUUGAAAAUGUAAAAGAUGAAAAUAAAAAUUGUUU